AUGGUAAUGAACAACCAAACUGUUAUCUCCCUGUUUUUCCUCCUGGGCCUGCCCAUCCCCCCAGAGCACCAGCACCUGUUCUAUGCCCUGUUCCUGGCCAUGUACCUCACUACAGUCCUGGGGAACCUCAUCAUCAUCAUCCUCAUUCUACUGGACUCCCAUCUCCACACACCCAUGUACUUAUUUCUUAGCAAUUUGUCCUUCUCUGAUCUCUGCUUUUCCUCUGUCACAAUGCCAAAGUUUCUCCAGAACAUGCAAAGCCAGGACACAUCCAUCACCUAUGCAGGUUGCCUGAUACAAAUGUACUUCUUCAAUCUUUUUGGAGGCCUGGAGAUCUUCCUCCUUGUGGUCAUGGCCUAUGACCGCUAUGUGGCCAUCUGCCUUCCCCUUUACUACACCAGGAUCAUGAGUCCCAAGCUCUGUGUGUGUCUGGUGCUUAUGUCCUGGAUAUUUAAUGUGUUGUAUUCCAUGUUGCACACCCUACUCUUGGCUAGGUUGUCAUUCUGUGAGGACAACAUGAUCCACCACUUUUUCUGUGACAUAUCUGCCCUACUCAAGUUGGCGUGCUCUGAUAUUUAUAUAAAUGAACUUAUGAUAUUUAUCUUGGGAGGGCUCCUUGUGGUUAUCCCAUUCUUACUCAUUGUUGUGUCUUAUGUACAAAUUGUCUUUUCCAUUCUAAAGGUUUCAUCUACUCGGGUUAUCCACAAGGUCUUUUCUACCUGUGGCUCCCAUCUGUCUGUGGUAUCACUGUUCUAUGGGACAAUAAUUGGUCUCUACUUAUGUCCAUCAUCUAAUAACUUUACAGUGAAUGAGGCUUCCAUCUCUAUCAUGUACACAGUGGUGACUCCCAUGCUGAACCCUUUCAUCUACAGCCUGAGGAACAGAGAUAUAAAGGAGGCCCUUAUAAAGGUUCUUAUCAAGAAAAUAUCUUUAUAA